GGGUUUUGGGGGGGAGGGGAAUGCAGGGCGGGGAGUUGUUUGACCACAUAAUACAGAAAGCAAGGCUCUCCGAGUCGGAGGCCCGCCGCUUCUUUCAGCAGAUUGUCUCUGCUGUAGAACACUGCCAUGAGCACCUCAUUUGCCAUCGAGACUUGAAGCCAGAGAAUGUCUUAUUAGAUGAAAACCUCAAUGUAAAGGUUGGGGACUUCGGCCUCUCGAACUUCAUGAGGGAUGGGGAGUUUUUGAAGACAUCUUGCGGCUCACCAAAUUAUGCUUCUCCUGAAGUUGUCUCUGGAAAGGCAUAUGCGGGCCCCGAGGUGGACGUGUGGUCCUUCGGGGUGAUCUUAUACGCUCUCCUCUGCGGGUCUCUUCCCUUUGAUGACGAGCACGUACCGAAUUUGUUCAAGAAAAUUAAGCACGGCAAUUUUACAUUACCUGGUCAUUUAAGUUCUGGUAGUCGUAGUUUAUUAUUACAAAUGUUAGUUGUUGAUCCAAGCAAACGUAUACAAUUAAAAGAUAUAAAAAAACAUCCAUGGUUUGAGGAAAGACUUCCUUCUUAUCUAAGAAAUCUUAAACCCUCCAAUUUAUCAGGAGGACCACCAGAUGCACUUGUACUUAAUCAGAUGGCCAAGUUGGGCUAUGAUGUAAGUGACCCCUCUAUCUUCUUACGAGGACUCGUGGGGUUUCCAAGGAGUAGAGAGGCGGUUGCCUAUCAGCUUCUUUCCGAUCGUAGAAGGAAACAGAUUGCUCUUUCAGGAGUGGUGCCGGAGGAACCUCCCACCUUCCCUCCCAGUGUGCUGCGGCGUCUGAGCCUCCGCUGCUGCGGGAGAGCGUCUUCAUGUGCAGCAGCAGCAUCUUUGAUGUCGUUGCAGCAGCAGCUGGCGGGUCACGUGCCUGGCACCACCAGCAGCAGCUGCAGCGGCUGCAGCAGCGGCAGGUUGGGGGUGCCAGCACCAGCAGCAGCUACAGCAGCUGAGUCGUCCCCUGAGUGCCGCUCCCCUAGUGGUGGAGGGUCUUGGGCUUCUGCGCGGUGGAAGUUAGGAAUAGAGGCGGCUUUUGAUGCGCCUAUCCUUAUCACAGCUAUCCUUAACACCCUCAAAGCCUGCGACUAUGAGUGGCAUUUAGUCUCUCAAUAUAAACUCCGUUGCCGCCCGCUGCGUUCGGCUCAGCAGGACUCUUCGCAGCAGCAGGCUGCCUCGAACAGCAGCAGUAGCAACAGCAACAACAGCAACAACAACAGCAGCAGCAGCAGCAGCAGCUGCAGCGGUGCAGAGUUUGCAUGCGACACGGAGGAUAUCAUCUUGGCUGUUCAACUUUUUAAAGUCGGAAGUUGUCGAUAUGUCAUCGACGUACAACUCUUCGAAGGAUGUGCCAUGGUGUCAAUAUCGGAGGCGCUGUGGGUAACAUCAGCAAUAUACUCGGCACUGACGCAGCUGCAGCGGCAGCAGCAGCGCUGCAGGCUGCAUGCGCCCUCUCCGCAGCAGCAGCAGCAACAGCAGCAGCAGCAGCUGUCAACUCCACCCUUCUUGCUGCCCACGUGGUCACCUACAAACCCCGUCACUCUCUCCUCUGGUGGCCCGCCCCACAGGCUAUUUGCUUAA